CCUAACAAUUUGAUUCUCUCAACAGCCAUAACUCAUUGUCUGUUCUAUUUCAUACACACUAUGGCUUCUCUUGUAAACCAACUCUCUUUCUUCUUCUUAUUCUUUUUCUUACUUCUCCUCUCACCACAAAUUCAAGCAAGACAAAACAAGUUCUUUAGCUUCUUCUCUCAUUUCAAAACUACCAACAAUGUCAAUGAUCCUCAAUUACCUCAAUCUCCAUCACCAGCACCGGCACCAGCACAAGAGCCUGCAGCAGCACCGGCACCGGCACCAGCACAAGCGCCAGCAGCAGCACCGGAAAUUGGAACAACUACUAUACCAUCAGGACCGGCACCGGAACCCGAAUUUUUAGUCGAAACCGGAAACGGUUAUGGUCUAUAUGGAAUUGAUUCUAGUCAAUAUUCUUCAACCAAACAAACUCCAAAAACCAUAACAGAUUUUGAAAAUGAGCUUCUUAAUGAAGAUUUCAAUGAUAAUAAGAGUUACAAAACAGGUUAUCCUCAAACCAAUCUCCAUAACAACAAUGAAGUGUACACAAAAAGCUACAACAGUGAAGAGUACAAGAACAACUACAACAAUGAAGAGUACAAGAACAACUACAACAGUGAAGAUCAGUACAAGAACAAUUACAACAGUGAAUACAAGAACAAUUACAACAACAACAACAACAAUAACAAUAAUUAUGGUAAUGGUUAUGAGAGGAAAGGAGAAUUUGGAAUGAGUGAUACAAGGUUCAUGGAGAAUGGAAAGUAUCAUUACAAUGUAAAUAGUGAAAAUGGGAAUUAUAAUAACCUUAAUGGUUAUGAAUCAGAGAGAGGAAAUACUGAAAAUGAAGGUUUCUAUGAAAAAAAUCAGCAUCCAAAUGAGUUUGAGACUAUGGAAGAGUAUGAGAAGCAACAAGAAGCACAAGGGUACACAUACACACCAUGAUGAGUGUUUUUUCUAUAUAUAUUAUAUUUGGUGAAAACAUGGGAAAGAAAAUACAAAGUAAUGAGAUAAUUGUGAUGCUUUAUUUUUAGGUUUUGUGCAUCCAUGAUCUUGCUCAGUUUCAUGUUUUGCAGUGUGAGGUUCUUCUAUCUUGUUAAGGAAAUUAUUUAACAUUUUGUGUUAUUAAUGUAAGAAUCAGAAAGUACAAACAUUAUGUCAUCCAAAGUUUUAUGACAUUAAGUUAAUGAUUUAUGAGUUUUGUCUGUUAUUAUUAGUAGCAAGAACAAUCAUGAACACUUGUAACUUGUAAGUUACAUUUGUGUAAAAGGCAUGGAACUAGUGGCACUCAUUAUUGUAGUUAAAAUAUAUUUUUGUCUCAA